AGGAGCAUGCGCGCUGGACCCAGCCAGCGGAGCUCUGACCAGGCCUCGCCCAUCUGAGCUCUGCCUGAGGUGAGAAGCCAGUGAGAGAUUUUUAACAGAAUGCAACAAUAUGGUUUGCAGAUUAUGCAACCUGUGGUUGCUGAGGUAAACUAUGGAAACAGGGAGCUUACUGCAGUACUCACAAAAAUUAAUUAUAGCUUGGACAAGGGUAAUGACAGCAAUGAAAGUGGAGAAAAGUAGUCAGCCUUAGGUGUGCUCAUAAAGUUGAGCCUGACAGGAUUUGCUCAUCGAUUAGAUAGAGGUAUGAAAGGUAAAGCGGUGUGGAGGGUGGCAUUGGCAUGCUUAAUAAAGUAGAGGUACCAGCAGUCAAAAUGGAGAAAAAAGCACCAGGAAGAAUUUGAGGGCUGUUCUAGAUGUGUUGAUUUUGAGAUACCUUUUAAAGAACUCUACCCGUUAAGGCCACAGCAGAGGAAGAAACCACCUGAAACAUUCCAAGAAGAGAAAAUCGUUGCACAGAAUUAAGUACAAUGAAUGACUUGGUCAGCUUUUUGCAUCAAGAUGUUCUUAAUCUGUAUGAAGAAUGUGUAAGCCCAAGAAGCAUCACUACUGCCUACAUGCUACAAAUCCCAAGUGAUCCUGAUGGUCCUUCCUCAUCACUGACAGGCUACCAGAAUUACUGUGCCAGAAGUGCUUGGACUACCCUGUAGAAAUAAAUCAGGGCCUCAAGAUGAAAUCACCUUGGAUUUAGGAUGUCCCUUGGUUCAAUGACAACAUCUUUAUAUAGAAAAGGAACAGACCAUGUGAAAGCAAAGAUGAGAUUGCAGCCACAAGCCAAGGAGCACCAAGAGUCACUAGAAGCCAGAAGGGCCAAGAAUGGAAUUUCCUUUGGGAUCUUCAAAGACAGUGUGGUCUUGUCAACACCUUGAUUUCUGACCAUAAGCCUCCAGGACCAUGAAAAAAUAAAUUUCUCUUGUUUUGACCUACCAAGUUUGUGAAGAUUUAGUACAACAGCUACAAAAACUAGUUCAUUCCUACACUUGACAAUGAUGUAGAGAUCACAAUAGUGUUAAGCCUAAGAAAUAGGCAACAGUUACAAGGCCUAGACUUCUGCGGAUGCAUAGUAAUUUCUGAAAGGAUUUACUACUACAUGGAGGAGAUUUAAGAAGUGAGGCCACAAGUGUGGGAGUGCAAUUGAGCAGAAGAGCUGAAAGAGAUGCCAUUGAAAGUACAGAAAAAGCCACACAAGAGAUGAAGCCAAUGACUGGCAUUUUCAAUGCACUGGCUGCCUGCUGGAUCCUGGGGAGCAUCAAGACCAAGGCUACAAAGUUCAGGGAACACAGGUGAAACUGGACCCCUUCCCAGUUGCGAGACUGGGGCAAACUUUCCUAUGGAAGAGAGGGGAGCACAGGACAGAAGAGCACCCUCUGGUGGCCAGGAGCAGCACAGGAAGCCACCAUCUCUACAAAGCAGGGCUCCCCAGGAACAAGAUUUUCCUGGUAUCUUUUCUUUGUGGUUAUUUUUUCAAAACAAACAGCAAACCAAAACCAAAUCCUCCUCCGAUGUACUGAUGGGAGUAUGCCCCCAACCUUGUUUUUGUUUUACAAGUGUUCUGUUACAUAAGCCUGAGAGAUAAGAGAAGACAUUCUGCUAUUUUAAGAACCCCAAACUAAUCCUGCCUCUAGGUUUUCUUUUUCUCAGCAGAGCAUGUCCCUGAUAUGAAUGAGGCUCGGGGCCAAAAGCUUCAUUGAAACCAGCCAAAGCGUCACAGCUGGAGAAAGAAGCACAGUUUUUACAAAUUUGCUGUUUCUUUUUCUCAGGGCACAAUAACAAGGUUGAUUUCAUUUCUCAGUUUUAAUGACUUCAUAUCUAUAUUGAAAGAAAAACAAGAGUAAAUCAUAAGUCUAUUACUGUCCACAGCUAAACUGUGACCAAAGCUAAAAUCCAAAGCAAGAAUAGCUGGGAACAGAGCCACUGAGCCCAGAAGGUCUGACCUCAAAACCUGUCUUUCUGCCUCACUGUGUCGGGAAGUAUAAGGAAGUCCACAUUUAUAAAUAGCUUGAAAUUUGCCAGUUUGUGUUUGAUUAAAUCAACUGCAAGGAAACAGAAACCGAAACCAGGUGCUGCUCUUAUAUACGUGUCUUCAGCAUUUACUGGAGACAGAGGAGGAAAAUUUCUGAAGAGCACAGUAGCCUGAACUGCAGCCUUUGGACACAGCCUGAAACUGCACUGCCAUCAUGAGUGAGGCCACUGAAAAUUCCUUGGAGAGCAGCCUAUGGCAAUUAAAAUGUCAUUUCACCUGGAACUUGAUAGGGGAAAAGUCCUUGGAUGAGUUCGAGGACAGAGUGCUGCACAAGUAUGAGUUUCAGAGUGGUGAAUUUAAAGCCACGAUAUGUAACAUACUGGCCUACAUAAAGCACUGCAGAGGCCAAAAUGAGGCAGCCCUGGAAUGCUUACAGCAGGCCGAAGAGAUAAUCCAGCGAGAACAUCCUGGCCAAGAAAUACGAUGUCUGGUCACCUGGGGAAACUAUGCCUGGGUCCAUUAUCACCUGGGCCAGCUCUCAGAAGCUCAGGCUUAUAUGGACAAGGUAAAACAGGUCUGUGCAAAGUUUUCUAGGCCCUAUAGAAUUGAAAGCCCCGAGCUUGACUGUGAGGAAGGGUGGGCACGGCUAAAGUGUACAACAAAGCAAAUUGAAAGGGCAAAGGUGUGUUUUGAGAAGGCUCUAGAAAAGAACCCCAAAAACCCAGAAUUCACCUCUGGCUGGGCCAUCGCAAGCUCGCGUCUGGCCAAUUGGCCACCCUCUCAGGACCCCACUGACCCUCUGAGGAAAGCCAUCAGGCUGAAUCCUGAUGACCAGUAUAUUAAAGUUCUCUUGGCUCUGAAACUUCAGAAGAUGAAGGAAGAGGAUAAAGGAGAGAGUCUAGUUGAAGAAGCCUUAAAGAAAGCUCCAGAUGCAACAGAUGUAUUGCUCAGUGCAGCAAAGUUUUAUCGAAAUAAACGUUCCUGUAACAAAACCAUAAAACUGCUUAGAAAGGCUUUAGAACACAUGCCACACAACACCUACUUGCAUUACCAUAUUGGAAGCUGCUACAGGACACAAGUCCUCCAAACACUGAAGGUAGGAGAGAAUAAAAUGUGUGGGGAAAGAAAGAAGUUUCUGGAACAAAUAGAACUGGCUGUGGAGUAUUUAAAGAAAGCUGAUGAGAACAAUGGGAAUUUCAGUGGUAUCUGUUCCUCUAUUGCUAGUCUCUAUGCUAUAGCAGGUGAAUACAAGGAAGCAGGCUACUAUGAAAAAGCAGAGUAUUACUUCCAAAAAGAAUUCAGCAAAGAGCUCACUCCUGUAGCUAAACAAGUGCUCCAUCUGCGGUAUGGUAAUUUUCAGCUGUAUCAAAUGAAAUGUGCAGACAAGGCCAUCCAUCAUUUUAUAGAGGGAGUGAAAAUUAACCUGGAAUCAAAGGAGAGAGAGAAGAUGAAAGUGAAACUUCAAAAAAUUGCCCAAACACGACUUUCUAAAAAUGAAGCAGAUUCUGAAGCUUUGCAUCUCCUGGCCUUUCUUCAAGAGCUGAAUGGAGAAGCAUAGCACGUAGAUGAAAACUCGCAGAGGGAUUAGGACUCUGGAAACCUCAUCACUUCAGCAUCUGUAGAUUAGACAUAGAAUGAGGAAUCAGGCCACAGUGCCCACAGGGCUACUUCUGGAAGGGAGUUGAACCCUUUCCACCAAGUUGGUGUUCAAAAUAUGUAACAAUUGAUACAGCAUAAGUGUAAACUAAGGCACUGGCCAUAGUGCUGGAUCAGGGAUAUGGGGAAACCCUUCUGUGCCAGGGGUUAAAUGUUUUCCCACCUCUAAAAUCUUUCCAUUCAUGGAGUCAUUUUAGGUUCUGUGCAGGCUGGCUUUGCACAGACAGUAAAGCACUGUGUUCAUGAGGGACCAAAGUCAAUAUAAUAUAGGGCUGUUCUCAUUCUGUCUCUGUCUCUCUAUUCUCUAACACGCACAUACCCAAUGGUGUCUCCUUCCUUCUCCUUCCCAGCCAAUCCUCAAUCUAGAAUGCCUCACACAAAAUGGAUUCAACUGUCACAUUAACUUAGAUUGCAACAUAGUUUGAAACAAGAGAGCAGGGAACGAGUUAAAUCUAGAAGAGAUAUGCCUAGCAGAACCAGUGGGGUUUGGCAGCCACAGUACAUGACUUUCAGGAAGUACAUGGGGUGACUUUUUCUUCACUCUGUCCUCUCUGAAAUUGUAAUACAGCAUAUAACAAGAAAAAAGGAUACUGCACAAUAUGCCAGAAACUAAACUAUAUAUUUGGAACUUGUAUACAAAAAUGCUUCCUCGGUAGGAAUAGUCAAAAGAGAGAGAAUGAAAUGCAGAUUUAUUUUUGUAGAUUGUGAUUCCACGGAGAAAUUUUCAUGUUUGAAGCUACUCUUUGUAAAAUUUCUUUGUAAAGGGGAGUCUUGCUUUCUCCAAAAAUAUUUUUUUUGCCGAACCCAGGUUUGAAAUGAUAAGAAAGUAGCUGAAUGACAUAAUAACUUGGUAACUAAGGACCUCAUGGGAGGUCUUGGGAAAUGACAUUUACUGGAGGAUGGGGCUUUUCACUGUUAGAAAUGUUGCGUAUUGGGUGAUAUAAACACUUCUUUCAACCUUGAAAAAUCUUCUGAGUAACCACAAAGUUGACGAUAUGGGGUGACUGCAUAGAUAUUUUCUACAUAGAUAUUUAAUGGUCUACAUAUCCGAUCAGAAUGAAGCAAAAUGGGGUCAGCUGUCACUGGCUGAGACCAUCAGCUUCUCUCUGGGUUGGAACAUUGUUGUCUAUUGGAAUUAUCUUAAAUUUAAAUUUAUAUAAACACUUGUUAUUAUGCAGUUAAAAUAUUAGAUAAAACCCAAUUUUUAAAUUAAAUUUUGAAGUGUGGUAAAAAUGAUUCUUGUUUUCUAACAUUAAAAGUAGUGCUCUGGUGUGAAUAAUCUGCAAUAAUACAGAAGAUCCUAAUAAGAUUACUGACAUUGAGAA